CAAAUCGGUUCAGUGGCGGGCUGCAGCGUGGAGCCGCUUGCUGACUCGCUUCUCACACUGAGGACGCGUUCCGUCUGCUGACUCAUGGCGGCGGUGCUCACGGAGCCGGGACGUCCCGAGGAGUCCAGACGUCCCGAGGAGUCCAGACGUCCCGAUGAGUCCGGACAUCCCGAGGAGUCCAGAUGUCCCGAGGAGUCCGGUCUGCAGUGGGAGGGGUCGGUGAGGAGCUGUGAGGAGGACCGGAGGCUGGGCUCCUGGGAGUUGGAGCUGACCUCCAUCCGGCACUCCCUGAAGUUCGUGGUGCCGCUGCAGGAGGAGUUUGUGUGUCCGCUGUGCAGAGGAGUCGUGCUGAACCCUCAGCAGAACUCCUGCGGACACAUCUACUGCUGCGGCUGCCUCCACCAGCUGCUGGAGAGCUCGUCUCCGUCCGGCCCGGUUUGUCCCGUGGACGGAGCUGUGAUCACACCAGCCGAGGUUUUCCAGGACAACUGCUGCAAACGAGAAAUCUCCAGUUUAGAAGUGUACUGCACCAACUCCCCAGCAUGCACCUCUGUCGUCACGCUACGGCACCUGCAGGAGCACCGGAGGUCAUGUCAGUAUGAGCAGCUGCAGUGCCCUAAUCCAGGCUGCGGGGUGACACUACAGAGGAGAUACCUGCAGGAACACCUGACCGACACCUGUCCUCACCGCACGGAGCCCUGCCCUCACUGCCGGCAACCGCAGAGACUCAGCCUCAUCCAGGAUCACGUGCAGAGCUCCUGUCCGGAGGUCGAGGUGGAUUGUCCCGACGGCUGCUCCCUGAAGGUUCCUAGACACCAGCUGACAGAACACAGACAGACGUGUCCUCACCUUCACAUCCACUGUAGCUUUAAGAAGAGCGGCUGCUCUGUGCAGGAUCAGAGAGGGAGAAUGAAGCUGCAUGAAAACGCUGCUGUCAGUGACCACUUGCUGCUGGUCCUGAGGAGCAACGGCCACCUGGAGCACCAGGUGGAUGUUCUCCAGGAGGAGGCGCUGCUGGCGCAGCAGGAGGUCCAGAUGGAAAGUUUACGGCUCGCUGGUCUGCAGAAGGACAUCAGACCGCUGCUGCAACACAACAACAGCCAUGAACACAUCGUCUGUGCAGCUCAGAGGACACUAAGCAGCCAGGAGGACGUGCUGUCCACCAUCCAGCGGGAUGUCCGACAGGUUUCUCUGGGACUUGGUCCUGGUCUAGAGGAGCUGGAGCAGCUCAGGAAGUCUUUGGAUGCUGUGAUCCAGGAAGUGUCGGAAGUAGAGGCCCUCAGAGAACACCUGGGAACUUUGGAGGAGAAUCUGAAGCAUCACUCGGGACUCCUGGAUCUUCACGCCACUCAGCUCAGUUGCAACAAGCAGCACCUGCAGGAGCUUGAGGCGACGUCCUACAACGGCAAACUGAUCUGGAAGAUCGAGGACUUCAGGAUCAAGAGGGAAGCUGAGGUCAAAGGUCAGCCACCCUGCCUGAGCAGCGUGCCAUUCCACACCGGACACUGCGGAUACAAAAUAGCCGCCAAGGCUUACCUGAAUGGGGACGGGGAGGGAAGAGGGACUCACCUGUCUCUUUAUGUAGUCCUGAUGCCAGGAGACUUUGAUGCUCUGCUGCCGUGGCCUUUCAGACAGACUGUGUCUCUAUCUGUUCUGGAUCAAAGUGGUGCUGGUAACCACCGGAGUCUCAGCUUCAGACCUGACCCGACAUCCAAAAGCUUCCAGCGACCUGCCGCCGAGUUCGUCAGCAACGUGGCUGUUGGAUUCUCAUGCUUCAUUUCCCUCAACAAACUCGAAACUCCUCAGAAUGCUGUGUAUGUCAAAGAUGACACGCUGUUUGUCAAAGUGAAGGUGGACACAGCAGGUUUAGACGAAGAAGUUUUCCAAAAUAUGCCAUGAGAGUAAUUUGCAGUAAGACAAGUUAAAGACUCUACACGUAACUUUAACAGAGCAGUUUGACAUUCUAAGAGAUCUGAGAUUUAGAUUGAUUAAAAAUGUUUCCUUUUAAAUUCUCAGAUCAUCUCAGAGAUCGAUCUAUCAUAACGAUAAAGAAGUGAAUCACCGUCUGUCUGUGUGUCCUUUACAUAUCUUGACAAAUAAUCAGUAAAAACUAAAAUAACAUUGGGUGAGUUUAUGUUUGGACUGACAGUCCCAAUUUGUGAAGGCUGGAGAGUUUCAGGAGAGACAGUUACUCUCAACUCUUUCACUCCUUGACGCGGUUGGUGUCUUUUCUCGACUUUUCGUCUCUAAGAAUCUGUCAGAGACACAGAUAUCAUAUGAAACUCCCGAAACAGUCUGAAACUUUCUCUGCUGUUCUGAAGGUCUUGGUGUCUGAAUGUGGGAUUCUGGAGAGGUUCAAGACUAAUUUUGAUCACUUCUUGAUCGCAAAAAAAUUCAGUGUAACAAAUGAUAUCAACCCAAAAAUGAUAAACUAAUGAGAAAUAAUCAAGCAUGGAAAUUGACUUCAUAUACCAUAAUAAUGUCAUAAUGUUCAAAACCUUUAUACUUUCAAAAUUCCUAAAUUAAUUUUCAUUACAGAUUUAUGAUUCAUGACUAAGUUGACUGAGAGAGAGGAAGUGGGAUCGGUGAGAGCAAAGGUUCUACAUCUUUUGGUGAAAGAGACGACUCAGGGUUUUUUAUAAGUCUAUUAAAUGAAGUUACUACAUUCAUUUUCAUUGAAGUGU